CUUUAUGACAAACGGAUGGAUGCAUCCAUUUAGUGCAUUUCUCUAUGGAUACUAUUAUUUAAAGGUUUUAUGUUUUAGAAAACACAUCUGUGUUUUCAUGGAAACAAGACAUUUCUGCUAAAUCAUAUGACUUCAUGUUUUGUCUAGGACAGUGCAGACCGAUCUUGUCAAAGUGACGGACUGGCGCAGGAAUAUAUUCACUUGUCAGAAGUGAUCAGUUAUUCACUUGUCACUGUCCCGUUACGAAGUGAACUAUUUGUGUUCGUAUUUUCGAGCGGCUAAAAUGUAUCACCCUGUAAGGACGCGCGACCGAAAGCUCAGGGGAGCUGACUGAGGGCUGACUGCUGUAGAAUACGCCAUCUCUACAUCAUCAAGACUUACAAUACAGAGAGAGCCUAAUUGGAAGGUAUCUAUAUCUCCCUGUAUGACAGCUACUACAUCCCCCCCCCAACUCAAUGAAGCAACUUUUAUAUCUGAUAAACACUCUCUCUCCGUCUCUCCCAUUUGUUAUACCACUCCAUCAGUUUAUUUUCUGUCUCUCCUCUCAUGUCCGUCACUCUUUAUCUAUAAUCUUCUCACUCCUGCUACCUUCAUCCCUCCUCCUCAUCCGAUCUCACGUGUCUCCUAAUAAAUGAUAUCAAAUCAACACCAGGGCCACCGUUGCCAUUCCUCCCAUUCAAGAGUGCAGUACGGUACUGCACACCACAGUGCGCAAAUCGUCACUAGAGUUAAGGACGACAAGGCCUGGCGCUCGCACCAUUGCGCAAUGAAAAUCAAAUACUAAAGAGGCGAGUGUACUAGCAUAGUGUUCUGUUCGUGUUAAGAAAUGCUACACACUGUGUAAAGGAGUAGUUCUCGGCGUGUGUUGUUCAGAGUUUCUCUGCUCUAAAACGAGUUAUGCAGGUGCUGUUGAUACGAUUUUACAGUACGGCACUUGGGAGCUUUACGUGAGGCUUUCUCUUUUCGGGAAUAAUUAAAUAUCAGGUUGUAAUAACAGGUGGGACCGUGCUGCUACUGUAAAAUCUUGUAAUUUAUUUGACCUAUCAUUUGCCCUACAUAUCACAGCUGUUUUCUCUCUGUAGUGUAAGUACAGUAUGGGGAUAGAGAUGGAAUAGGGGCGCAAAAAGACAGUUUGUUCACAUGUAUAUGUAUGCGACACCAUGGUGUCAUUACCACCGUAACGGUAGCCUUAAUUUCGAAAGCUUUGACCUUGACAUGCUUAAAGGGGAGGUCAAUUGAUUUUAGAAGUUAUUAUUAAAAUCGCGCACACGCUUAAAGGGAAUUGAUUCCCAAUAGGGCGAUACCCAAUAGGGCGAUACCCAAUAGGACGAUACACAAUAGGGCGAUACACAAUAGGGCGAUACCCAAUAGGGCGAUACACAAUAGGGCGAUACACAAUAGGGCGAUAUACAAUAGGGCGAUACCCAAUAGGGCGAUACACAAUAGGGCGAUACACAAUAGGGCGAUACACAAUAGGGCGAUACACAAUAGGGCGAUACACAAUAGGGCGAUACACAAUAGGGCGAUACACAAUAGGGCGAUACACAAUAGGGCGAUACACAAUAGGGCGAUACACAAUAGGGCGAUACACAAUAGGGCGAUACACAAUAGGGCGAUACACAAUAGGGCGAUACACAAUAGGGCGAUACACAAUAGGGCGAUACACAAUAGGGCGAUACACAAUAGGGCGAUACACAAUAGGGCGAUACACAAUAGGGCGAUACACAAUAGGGCGAUACACAAUAGGGCGAUACACAAUAGGGCGAUACACAAUAGGGCGAUACACAAUAGGGCGAUACACAAUAGGGCGAUACACAAUAGGGCGAUACACAAUAGGGCGAUACACAAUAGGGCGAUACACAAUAGGGCGAUACACAAUAGGGCGAUACACAAUAGGGCGAUACACAAUAGGGCGAUACACAAUAGGGCGAUACACAAUAGGGCGAUACACAAUAGGGCGAUACACAAUAGGGCGAUACACAAUAGGGCGAUACACAAUAGGGCGAUACACAAUAGGGCGAUACACAAUAGGGCGAUACACAAUAGGGCGAUACACAAUAGGGCGAUACACAAUAGGGCGAUACACAAUAGGGCGAUACACAAUAGGGCGAUACACAAUAGGGCGAUACACAAUAGGGCGAUACACAAUAGGGCGAUACACAAUAGGGCGAUACACAAUAGGGCGAUACACAAUAGGGCGAUACACAAUAGGGCGAUACACAAUAGGGCGAUACACAAUAGGGCGAUACACAAUAGGGCGAUACACAAUAGGGCGAUACACAAUAGGGCGAUACACAAUAGGGCGAUACACAAUAGGGCGAUACACAAUAGGGCGAUACACAAUAGGGCGAUACACAAUAGGGCGAUACACAAUAGGGCGAUACACAAUAGGGCGAUACACAAUAGGGCGAUACACAAUAGGGCGAUACACAAUAGGGCGAUACCCAAUAGGGCGAUACACAAUAGGGCGAUACACAAUAGGGCGAUACCCAAUAGGGCGAUACACAAUAGGGCGAUACCCAAUAGGGCGAUACACAAUAGGGCGAUACCCAAUAGGGCGAUACCCAAUAGGGCGAUACACAAUAGGGCGAUACACAAUAGGGCGAUACGCAAUAGGGCGAUACACAAUAGGGCGAUACGCAAUAGGGCGAUACACAAUAGGGCGAUACCCAAUAGGGCGAUACACAAUAGGGCGAUACACAAUAGGGCGAUACACAAUAGGGCGAUACACAAUAGGGCGAUACACAAUAGGGCGAUACACAAUAGGGCGAUACACAAUAGGGCGAUACAUAUCCCGCUACAUAUCUAUCAGAAGCUCCAUACAAUACAACCACUAGAUAUCCGUGUUAGAGAUAUUAGCGAUGGUGAUUGAAUACAACAACUAGAUAUCUUUGUUAUCAUCUAGUCACCAUGCUUCUUGAAAUGCAGUCUGAGAGAGAAGUGUUCGUGGAAUAUUUGAAAAAAAAUAUUUUUUUUAAAAAGGUUAUAUUUAAAUAAGGCUAAGCAAGAUAUCAGGGACACCACUGUCAAUGUCAUUCCUGGUUUUUCACUAUGAAUGUUAAAUAAUAACUCUAAAAAAAAUGAUAUUUUCACAUUUUUUUUGUGAAAACGAUAGAAAAGCAUGGGCCUGCCGGGUGGCCAAACCAUCCUGUACUUCGUGGCCCUCAUCACUGUGGCCAUCGGUGAGGUGCUCCUCAUCAUUGGACUGGCCACUCCAGAGUGGACAGCAGCUGACUCCAAAUUGUUAGAUGUGCACCUCUCCAAAGGACUGUGGCAGCUGUGUGCAUCCGGGACCUGCAGGUCAAUAGGACCCAACAAGGCAGGUAAGAAAACAAUCAUUUGGGAGGGAAAUGUGGAAACAAAGUCUGAUGUGACUGGUCCCUCCACUGGGAUGCCGCGAUGGAGUGAUCAGUGUGCCGCAAUCAGGUGAUCAGUGUGCCGCGAUGGAUUGAUGAGUGUGCCGCAAUCAAGUGAUCAGUGUGCCGCGAUCGAGUGAUUAGUGUGCCACGAUGACGGACCGGAUAAAGCAAGGCCAUUGUAGUAUUGCUUCCGUGAAGUGUGUAAUUCUGUCGAGUGUAAAAUACCGUUCAAAAGAGGCACAGCUGAAGAAUUCUAUUUAUAGGUUAUAGUUUACAGUUCAAGCCCCACCCUAGACAAGCAUGGGACUCGUUAACCUUGGAUGACAAAUCAUCUAAGAGAAGGAAAACUCUGAAAUCAAACCAGGCGAGGAAGUCCCGUAGGCGGUAUGACAUGGACACAAUGAAAAUUCUGACAACUCCUGUGACGUGGAACUCUUAAGAGCACAGUUAGAUGCAAGACACACUGCUGGUCAUCUACUGCAUCCUGGUCUACUCCCAGUUGUCUUGACUGAGUCUUGCCUUCGGACCAAAUAGGCAAGGACGAGAGAGUGAGGCUGACGAACUGACAACUCUCCUACACUUGAAACAAAACACAGCUCAAGUCAAAGCUAUUACCCAGGUCGAAGCCCUGGUCAACUUUGCGUGCUAAGGACAAACACUAGCCAUUUCAGAAAGUACACUAUACGGACUGACUGAAAGUAGACUAUACGGACUGACUGAAAGUACACUAUACGGACUGACUGAAAGUACAUUAUACGGACUGACUGAAAGUACACUAUACGGACUGACUGAAAGUACACUAUGCGGACUGACUGGAAGUACAUUUUGCGGACUGACUGAAAGUACACUAUACGGACUAACUGAAAGUAGACUAUACGGACUGACUGAAAGUACACUAUACGGACUGACUGAAAGUACAUUAUACGGACUGACUGAAAGUACACUAUACGGACUGACUGAAAGUACACUAUGCGGACUGACUGGAAGUACAUUUUGCGGACUGACUGAAAGUACACUAUACGGACUGACUGGAAGUACACUUUACGGACUGACUGAAAGUACACUAUACGGACUGACUGGAAGUCACACUCCCACACACCCUCGCUAACGUACAUACAGUCACACUCUCACACACCCUCGCUAAACAUACAAUCACACACCCACACACCCACGCUAAUGCUAAGUUUUUUGACUGAUAACAUAACAAGAACGACUAAUAACUAUAAACGAAUUGAUUUAUAAUGCUAAGCCUAAGACUGGGUACUGGGUGAUGUUGAAGUUUAUUCAGGUCCGGUCUGUUAUGCGUUCCCAGGCUCCCGUUCCUGCUGUCUCGCACCACACACGCGGCAAUACUGUGUCCCGCACCACACACGCGGCAAUACUAUGUCCUGCACCACACACGCGGCAAUACUGUGUCCUGCACCACACACGCGGCAAUACUGUAUCCUGCACUCUGCUCCGGAUAAUGAUAAUCUUGCGAUGCAUGUACUUGUCAACAGUCGAUCUGUAUGAAACAACGCACCUAGUUGAGUGGGGGAGUCCAAGGUUAUCUCCCUUAAGAUAACUUGUUGAUGGGAUCUUUGGAGGUCAGAGUGCUCAACAACUAAAGCAGAAAUGAACGUAACUGCAGUGGAGUAAACUGAAACUACACUGGCUAAAAAUAAGAAUUUUAAAACAUUGUAUCAGAUAGUCUAGUAGGAUAACAUGAUAGUAUGAUAUAAAUUAUUGAAUGAAUCAUAAGGCGGUCUGAUAUAUUUUAUAGCUCCUAUUAUUGUAAUUCCCACAUGCCAUUUACCUAAAAUUUUCUCUCUUUUGUUUCCGCCCAGCUAGCCUAGAAGUAUGCCAAGCAUUUACCCUGCUCGCCAUGGUAGAGGGACUCUUCUGUAUCGGCCUCUUCGUACUACACGUUGUGCUGCCGAUCAUGGGCAAACAGUCCCAUCGACUACUUCCCCGUGUCGCCAUGGCAACAAGCGUCAUAGCACGUACGUUAAGAAUGCCUACCAGUAGUUGAAUGCAUCAAUUCGCUGUCAACUCGUGGCCGUUUCUUAUAUAGGAUUAGGUCAUUAUUUCGUUCACUGGGACUAUUGAACCAAAUAUAUUUUGGUUUGACUUACCAAUACAGAUAAACUAUAAUCAAUUUCUAAAAUAAUUAUCAAAUUAUUUUUUGUCACUAUUUAAAGAUAACAUUUCUUAAACGCUUUUCAUAGUCGGUUGAUUUGUCGCUCUCUUCACAUGUUGAUUUGUCGCUCUGUUCACCUGUUGAUUUGUCAUUCUGUUCACCUGUUGAUUUGUCACUCUGUUCACUUGUUGAUUUGUCACUCUGUUCACCCUUUGCUUUGUCACUCUGUUCACCUGUUGAUUUGUCACUCUGUUCACCCGUUGAUUUGUCACUCUGUUCACCUGUUGAUUUGUCACUCUGUUCACCUGUUGAUUUGUCACUCUGUUCACCCUUUGAUUUGUCACUCUGUUCACCCGUUGAUUUGUCACUCUGUUCACCUGUUGAUUUGUCACUCAGUUCACCUGUUGAUUUAUCACUCUGUUCACCUGUUGAUUUGUCACUCAGUUCACCUGUUGAUUUGUCACUCAGUUCACCUGUUGAUUUGUCACUCUGUUCACCUGUUGAUUUGUCACUCUGUUCACCUGUUGAUUUGUCACUUUUUUCGCUGGUUCAUUCGUUGUGACAUCGUGCAUCUCAAUUUUGACCCACUUCCCGAGGCCCAGAUAAGCUAAAUCUUUGUACACUUACCCACCUCCGAUGACAAUAAAAGCUUUCAUGAUCAGAAGGUCACCAGUGACCUCCACCUAACCUUCAGUGACCUCCACCUAACCAUGAGUGACCUCCGCGAGUCAAAUCUUUCAUCACAAUUUUCACCCACUUCCUGAUAUCCAAUGGACAGAAAAUUUGGACCCUUACCCACAUCCGAUCCAAAACCCAAUAAUAAUAAUGUAAUGUUGAGUGACCUCCAUUCACCCUUGAAGUGCCAACUGAGCCGAGGUUGUGUGACUUGACGAAUUCAAUGUGGCAACCGUGCUUACCUUUACCUGGCGGCCAGCAGGUGUCAUGUGACCCAAUCGUUCAAUCGUUACGUUAAAGAUUUGUUCAUCGUGGAAAUGGAAAUGUGAGUUUCUCACAGCUGCCGCGCAUGACGGUUGUAUGCUCCCAUCGAAUGUGACCUUGACCACGUGGAAUGAACUAUAGGCAAUACCGCUGCGAGCACGCCUUUGUGAUUUGCAAAGAAUGUUGAGUUCAUGGGCGGCCCUACCAUUACUUUUUUUUUUUUUUAAAUGUCAAGCAACUAACUGUAAAAAUGUAAUGUUUUGGGUUUUAUUUAUGUUACAUUCUCAGGACAUUUUUGGGAAAUAUUGUUUUAAACCGUAUUUGUAGUUUCAUGUUUUGUCUUUUCAUUCUUGUUAUUGAUAGUUAUUUAAGGGAAAAAAAUUAGAAUAUCAAAACUAAAAUAAUAAAGAGCCAUUUCGGGCGAGAAAUUUUGAGGAAGAGAGAAGUCGUUACAAAACUGUACCAUCAAUAUGUAUCCGUGAAGAGAGUUGAGAAGUCGUUACAAAACUGUACCAUCAAUAUGCAUCAGUGGAGAGAGUUGAGAAGUCGUUACAAAACUGUACCAUCAAUAUGCAUCAGUGGAGAGAGUUGAGAAGUCGUUACAAAACUGUACCAUCAAUAUGCAUCAGUGGAGAGAGUUGAGAAGUCGUUACAAAACUGUACCAUCAAUAUGUAUCCGUGAAGACAGUUGAUUUGACAGUUCUAAAAAUAGACCUUACUAGAUCCAAUUUCUAUCCGAGCCUGCCGUAAGAAACCAUCAAGAAGGCUUUGUCAGAAACCGGAAACCGGUUCAAAUGCGAAUUCCUCCUUACACGGGUAAUCAGUUGGCCGGGGUGGUUGGGGAGGUGGUGGUGGUGGUGGUGGUGGGAAUGAUAUUUAAAUUUCUCCGCAAGAACAAAGGAACGUUCGUUAAAUAGAUGAGCGGUUCCCUAAUGGGGCCGUCACGUGAUUUUUUUUGACUAGGUUUGAUCCCCCGUGCCCCCAAUCCCCUUGUCACGCCCUGUCACACUCUGUCACAAAUCUUUGAUUCCCACCCCAUAAAAUACGUCACAUUAGAGAUCUCAAAUAAGAAAUUGAAAAUUAACACUUAAAAUACACUACUAAAUGUGUUAAAAGUGACAUCUUCUGUUAGAAUACAUCCAUCGCAAUCAGUUAAACAGCAGAGUUGAUUUCAGUUUUUCAUUAUUUCGGGUCACAAACUGUCACACUUUCUUAGACUCCCCCCCUCCCCCCUCCCUGGGUAAGGUACUUUAUGGGCCACCCCCUUUUCUUGUUUUUGUUACUAGUGGCAUUCAGCUAUGUCAUGGACACACUCGAAAGAACGCCGUAAGAUCAAACGAUUGAAUCAAGAGAUCAAAGUGUCCCGUAAGAUCAAACGAUUGAAUCAAGAGAUCAAAGUGUCCCGUAAGAUCAAACGAUUGAAUCAAGAGAUCAAAGUGUCCCGUAAGAUCAAACGAUUGAAUCAAGAGAUCAAAGUGUCCCGUAAGAUCAAACGAUUGAAUCAAGAGAUCAAAGUGUCACUGGAAAUGCUUUCCUCAUUUAUUGGCACCUAAACAAAAUUUAAUUUCAUUAAAAAAAAUGCAUCGCCAUUUGAAAGAGCUCAAAGUGUUUUGUCCAUUACAUUUAAAAAUAGAUUGUUUUGAAAUCCUUUAUAUUAACUUUGCUUUUGUUUGUGGCUGGGUAGCUGACAUGACCUUCCGCCGACUAACUGACCCACUUCCCGUCAACCGAUCGAGCUGAAACUUGGCACAUAGACUCAUUACCGAUGACUACACAUUCUUUCAAACGUUCAUCGCCAAACCCCCACCCCCCCACCCCCCUCACCAAAUGCUCGAUAUUACAUUUUAUAAUGGAAAAUAGAUGUUUAACAAAUCUCUUUUGCAAAUUAUUUCACUGUAAAAUGUGUUAUAAAAUUUUGAUUUUUGAAUAAAUAUAUUGUUUCAGUGGCUUGUGACGUCGUCAGCCUGAGCGUGUGGGGCGCCAAGCACUACACUGCGGACGGCAUCAACUACCUGGGGUAUUCCUUCAUUUUAACCCUAGUGGGGAGCAUCGUCGUGGCCAUCGGGGGCGUCGUGGGGUGGCUGUGUGCCAGGCGCUCCCCAUCAUCGUCAGUGGCGUGACCUACCUUCGAGGCAACGGGCAUGGGCGUCUUCAUUGGCCGUCACCAUCUUCUCAAACUGACCAACGAACGGAGAAUCUUUGGCGUAUUAAGGAAAGCUGUCACAUUAUUUUUACAUUGGGGAAAUGAGUCAAAUUAUUUUUACAUUAUUUUUCAUGGAUUUCUUCUUCAUAUUUGAGUCGCCUUACGAUGUGCUACCGCCCUACCUACAGUGUGGCCAUUACCCGGGGCGAAGCCUAAAAAUGGCGCCCCUCCACCCCUUGUUUUCAGCAAUAAAUUAUAUGUGAUAUAGGGCCAUUUAUAAAUAUAAAUAUAUAGAUAGUUUUGUCGCCCCAGCCCUGAUAUUGGGGGGGGGGGAGGGGCUCUUGCCCCUUUGACCCUCCUCGCACCAUCCUGCACAUGGCUAGUCCCUCAUUCAGUCUCAAUGGAUCAGUCAGCCCUUGAUUGUCCUGCUCAGGUUUGGACAACUUUUUGUAAUCUCACUUUUGUGCCGUGGACACUCUAGGUGUGCUACAUUUGACUCAAUUUUUUUACAUCAAUUAAUUUGACCGCCUGGAGGGACGAGGAGAGGGGAGAUCAUCGCUGAAACGCCAACACCACGACAAGGAAGGUAAUACAAGAACAUUGAAGAGCUCAAAUAUCUGAACCUUGAAGGUUUUAUUGAACAAUAGGUUUGGGCUGUUUGUAGCCAGCCAGUAAAUGGCGUCACACACCUA